CACCGGAAAUAGUAGUAGCGCCUGUCGCAGGCUUAGCGCGUGUCGCCGGGCUGCCGUGGAGGGGCUCGCCCGCGGGUCUCCGGGCCCGUUUCCACUAUGGGCCGCCGGAGGGCAGCGCGCGGGCCGGGGGCCGAAGGCAGCCGCCCUCGGCGUCCCGCAGGCCGCUCUCUGGAAGCGUUCGCCGAGGAAGUGAGCGUCGCGCUGCGCGCGUCCGUGGAGCCAGAGACGGCCGAGGACAUGGACAGCCGGAGCCCGGCGCCGCUGCCUUGCACGCUGGCCAUGUGGGAGCUGGGCCACUGCGACCCCCGGCGCUGCACCGGCCGCAAGCUGGCCCGCCUAGGCCUGGUGCGCUGCCUGCGCCUGGGUCACAGGUUCGGCGGCCUCGUGCUCAGCCCCAUGGGCUCCCAGUACGUGUCCCCCGCUGACAGACAGCUGGUGGCACAGUCGGGUGUGGCUGUCAUCGACUGCUCCUGGGCCAGACUGGAGGAGACGCCCUUUGGGAAGAUGCGGGGCAGUCACUUUCGGCUGCUGCCCCACCUGGUGGCUGCCAACCCUGUGAACUAUGGCCGGCCCUGCAAACUGUCCUGUGUGGAGGCUUUUGCGGCUACCUUCUGCAUCCUGGGCUUCUCAGACCUUGCUGUCAUUCUGCUGCGGAAGUUCAAGUGGGGCAAGGCCUUCCUAGACCUGAACCGUCAGCUCUUGGACAAGUAUGCAGCCUGCUGUGGCCCAGAGGAGGUGCUGCAGGCAGAGCAGGAGUUCCUGGCCCACGCGAAGGAGCGUCCCGAGGAAGAGAUCGAUCCCUUUGAUGUGGAUUCAGGUCGAGAGUUUGCAAAUCCCAACAGGCCCAUGGCUGGCACCCGGUUGCCCAGGGACACUGAUGACAGUGACAGUGAGGAGGAGUCUGAGGAACUUGGGCCUGAAGCUGAGGAUGAAGGCCACAGCAGCAGCAGCCCAGAAGAGGAGGAGACUCGGGAGCAGGAGUCAGAGGCCAGGGCCCCUGCCGAGGUUUGGAAAGGAAUCAAGAAACGGCAGAGAGACUGAAGGUUCCAGAUGUGUAUUUUUCAAGGCAGAGCGAUGAGGAAACCUAGAGACAGCAGCGGAACUGGUGGGAACGACAGGCCUGGCGGUCCUGGCUCAUCGCAUCUACGAGCAGCACUGGGCUGUCGGGUUCUCUCCCAAAGCUUCUAUCAUAGCCUUGCUCUGGGUCCUGCCUCAGAGUCCCUAAUGAAGCUGCAGGCAGGGAGA